AGUGUGAUUUUCAUAUACGAUUUUUGCCGCUUUUUGAUCACGAUGAUUGGUUUGCGGUAUUUAAAGCGGCUUACUCGCUCACUUAGCCAAACAGUGUUCUAUCAACCAGUCACAGCUCAAGAACUCAGUCACCAUGAUGAAGGCUGUCGUGUUUGCCGUUGCCACUUUGGUCCUAGCCGUAGCCGCCGAAUACCACGAGGAGCACUACUCCCACCCAAAGUACAAGUUUGAAUAUGGGGUUAAGGAUUUCCACACCGGCGAUAGCAAGGAUCAGUGGGAGCACCGGGAUGGCGAUGUUGUGAAAGGACAGUACACUCUACAUGAAGCCGACGGAACUAAACGUGUCGUGGAGUAUACGUCGGAUAAACACCAUGGAUUCCAGGCUCACGUGAAGCGCGUUGGCCAUGCCCAGCAUCCGCAAAUCUAUGGCCAUGAAGAAGGACACCAUCAUUCUGGUGCCGAUCAUGGACAUGGUCAUGCCAGUAGCUACGCCAAUCUGUAUCAACACCAUCAUUGAGACUGAAAACAAUAUGUGAUAUUAGUGUAUUUUAGUGAAUAAACAUAAUUGAAUGUGCAACGAAA